AUGGAGUCCCCAUCUUCAGUCAGCACCCGCAUCGAGGAGAAUGAACCGAACUGGCAAUAUGGCCCUCGUGCUGCUAAGAGACGCAAACGAGCCUCAACAGCAGGUGCAUCGAGACCUUCUCCUCGUGAGAUUGGCUUUAUGAGGGAAUCUCAGAAUUACGGAUCUGCUACUUUCCUUGGAAGCUCUAGUGGUAUUCACUUUAUUAGACAUGUAUACAGCGCUUUUGCUCGUCGCUCUGCCGACUUGCAGCAGAAUCGAGCCCGGGAUAGAAGCUCUGUGCCAGGGGAAGAUGAUCGCUUACGGCGAGGCUCUGGCAGCUCUCGUGAUACAGAGGAGAUUUGGUUAAAAGAAGAGUUGAGCUUUGCACCGAAUGCCUCAUUUUCCUUCGAGAAUUUAGUCAAUUGGACUCGCUGCUACUUUGAAAACUGGCAUCCAAUAUUUCCUUGUCUCCAUGCACCAACGAUCCUCAAGGCCAUGGAAACUCUCAGCCACCAAGGUCUAUCAGGUGCCAGUCGACUCGAUAUGAUCGUCAUCCGCUCUCUCGUUUCUAUAUCCUUAGCGGAUAGCCGCCAAGUAGAAGGGCCUGAAGCAAAUCUCGGGCCGGUGCCGGCCACUUUGGUGUUUCAGUCUGUUAAUCAUGUCAUGCAUGAUAUCCAGAACCUCCUGACAGAGCCCACAACAAUACCGCUACUACAAGCUGCAUUCUGCGCCCAGCUUACACUCACAUCCCUACUACGUCUUAACGCGGCUUCUCGGGUGGGCGGUGUGAUCACGCGCACUGCAUUUCAUCUGGGCUUGCACCGCUGUCCAGGACGGUUUCCAUGCUUUAGCAGCCAAGAAGUCGAUAUUCGCAGGCGGCUGUUUUGGUCAAUCUAUUCUUUGGAACGCUAUCUGUCACAGGCCCUUGGGAUCCCGCUCGGCAUCCGAGACGACGAUAUUGACGUCUGCUACCCAGGCGAGGAAAGACAUGCUACUUUGACACCGGAAGCGUUCCAUAAUCAACGACUACGACUGCUCUGCCAUCUGGCAAAAUUUUCGAGGAUACGGGGAUUGAUUCUAGAGCUUCGCAAUAAGUCCAUUUUGCACAGCCAUGCUGGCACCGUGGAAGCAGCGCAUGUCAAUGGCGAGCUAUCUCAAUGGUGGAAUGAAGUGUAUGACGACGUCAAUUCCAUUGAGGAUCAUGCAGAUACGGAACCUGGACAAGAUCCAGUCCUUGCUCCAUACCACCGACUGCUGCUCAUUGUCCUGAGACAUGAAGCCAUCAUAUCUAUGAACCGUCCGCUGCUUGCCGCUGAAAAGCCGAACCCGGAUUACAAGAAUGCCUUGCAGACAUGCAUUGCUUCUUCGCGGUCUUUACUUACAGCAUUAAAUAAAUAUAUGUCGUCUGCGUCUGAUGCACCACUCACGUGGCCCUCCUUUACGUGGACGACAUGGAUGGCUUGUCUCAUCCUGCUGUAUGCGGCAUGGGAAGGGGAGUUCCCAGUUGCAACCGCACUGAGAUAUGGACGAUUGGGAAUUUCUGUGUUGCAAAAUCUUGCAUUGCGUGGAAGCGGCUGGCCUGAAACAUGCAUCGAGGCAAUAAGAAGCAUGGAGUCAGCUUUGUCAACCAACCAGUCAAGUGGGAAUCAUGAAAACGCCACAGGGAUGGCUCUAGAUGACAGAAACGCUCUCCAACAUCGCCCGGGAACUCCAGGAAAAGGCACAGCAAGAGCGAUGAAUGGAUCACAAAUCCAAAAUAGAGGUCAUCAGUCCGCCGGAAUCAACAUGACACCCGGUCGAUCAACUCCCCCAGAAAAUGCAAAUGCAGAUUACCAGGACGUCUCACCAUCCGUGGAUACACAGCAGUUCGAGCCACCGACAGGUUCUGCUCUGCGAGGCGUUGACCCAGGAGAGCAAUACAAUUCGGCAAUUUUCUCAACUCCGAAUCCAGGAAUUGGGAUGGAUAUGAACCCGAAUGAUGGUACGCACUGGAAUGGACAAACAUCGGCCGGCCUGAUAUUUGGGAACAUGGUAAAUAGUAAUGCUGCAUUCAAUCCUGGGAUUCUCGGACAGGAUAUUCUGCCCUUUUCCGACCAAUCUCUUGUCAUGGGAGAUUUAUGGAGUGUGGCAGAUGGGCCUUGGAUGAUUCAUGGAAACAUGUUAUGA